CUGAGCCUCAAAACCCCCUUUUUGGCCCAAAGAAGCUCACCUUGACUUUUGGAGGGCCGGUAAGCGCCGUCCUUUUUUAUCUCGGCCUCAGCCAAGCGCUGGACUUGCGGGACUCUGGCCUUGGCAAUCACCUUUGCAGAGGGAAUAAGACUGAGGACCCCCCGGGGUUCCAUCCCUAAGAGAAGCUUGGGAAACCAAGCUCUCUCCACCCCCUCCUGAGCCCCCCAGCCAAGCCCCAGCGAGCCAGUCCGGAAUGAUCCCGCUAUGGCCAAGCUCUGGUUCAAAUUCCAGCGGUACUUCCGCCGGAAACCUGUGCGCUGCUUUACCUUCCUGGCACUCUACCUGACAGCCGGGAGCCUCGUCUUCCUGCACUCUGGCUUCGUGGGCCAGCCCGCCGUCUCCCAGAAUCAGGCCAACCCCGCCGCAGGGGGCCCGGCCGAGGGCGCUGGGCUGCCCUUACUGGGCGACUCGCAUCUGGGCGGAGGCUCCCGGGACGCAGGCGAAGUCUCAAGCAUCGCCCGCAGGUACGGACCCUGGUUCAAAGGCAAAGAUGGCAACGAGAGAGCCAAGCUGGGCGACUACGGUGGAGCCUGGAGCCGCGCCCUCAAGGGGAGGGUCGUCCGGGAGAAGGAGGAAGAACGAGCCAAGUACAUCGGCUGCUACCUGGAUGACACCCAGAGCCGAGCCCUUCGAGGCGUGUCCUUUUUCGACUACAAAAAGAUGACCAUCUUCCGUUGCCAGGACAACUGUGCUGAACGGGGUUACCUGUACGCCGGGCUGGAGUUUGGCGCUGAGUGCUACUGUGGCCACAAGAUCCAGGCGACAAACGUGAGCGAGGCCGAGUGCGACAUGGAGUGCAAGGGCGAGCGGGGCAGCGUGUGCGGCGGCGCCAACCGCCUCUCCGUCUACCGGCUGCAGCUGGCCCAGGAGUCGGCCCGCAGGUAUGGAAGCGCAGUGUUUCGAGGCUGCUUCCGCCGGCCUGACAACCUCUCGCUGGCCUUGCCCGUGACGGCCGCCAUGCUGAACAUGUCCGUGGACAAGUGCGUGGACCUCUGUACAGAGAAGGAGUACCCGCUGGCGGCUCUCGCGGGCACCGCCUGCCACUGUGGGUUCCCCACCACCCGAUUCCCCCUCCAUGACAGAGAAGACGAGCAGCUCUGUGCCCAGAAGUGCAGCGCGGAGGAGUUUGAGAGCUGCGGGACUCCCAGUUACUUCAUCGUGUACCAGACGCAGGUGCAAGACAACCGCUGCAUGGACAGAAGGUUCCUGCCAGCCAAGUCCAAUCAGCUCAUAGCCCUGGCCAGCUUCCCCGGGGCCGGCAACACGUGGGCUCGUCACCUCAUCGAGCUGGCCACCGGCUUCUACACCGGCAGCUACUACUUUGACGGCUCCCUCUACAACAAAGGGUUUAAAGGCGAGCGCGACCACUGGCGCAGCGGGCGGACCAUCUGCAUCAAGACGCACGAAAGUGGCCAGAAGGAGAUCGAGGCCUUUGAUGCCGCCAUCCUGCUCAUCCGCAACCCCUACAAGGCCCUCAUGGCCGAGUUCAACCGCAAGUAUGGCGGCCACAUCGGCUUUGCGGCUCACGCCCACUGGAAGGGCAAAGAGUGGCCGGAGUUUGUGAGGAACUACGCCCCGUGGUGGGCCACUCACACGCUGGACUGGCUCAAGUUCGGCAAGAAGGUGCUGGUGGUGCACUUCGAGGACCUGAAGCAGGACCUCUUCGUCCAGCUGGGCCGGAUGGUCAGCCUGCUGGGCGUGGCCGUCAGGGAGGACCGGCUGCUCUGCGUGGAGAGCCAGAAGGACGGCAACUUCAAGCGCUCCGGGCUCCGGAAGCUCGAGUACGACCCCUACACGGCGGACAUGCAGAAGACCAUCUCCGCCUACAUCAAGAUGGUGGACGCGGCCCUCAAAGGGAGGAACCUCACGGGUGUUCCCGACGACUACUACCCGAGAUGAUGUGCCAGCACGGGGGGAGGGAGGGCUGGGAGUCCUGACCGAGCAGGCCGUGGGGACCCCGGACCCCUGGUGACCCCCACUGACCUGUCCUCUCUUUGGUUUGGGGACCGUCCCCUUGGCUGCGGUUUGCCUUUAGUGAGUUUCCUGCAUGACAAAGGAGGCUCCAGGGAAGAGAUUGUCCAGGCACUUCCCCCCUUGGAGAUGCAGGGCGACUGGUUUGGGGGGCAGGGUUCCAGCCACAUGGACCCUUUUCUGUCCCCCGCGUCCCUGUCUCCACCACCCUGGGUUCCGCU